AUUUAUAAAGAUGCUAUCAAAUAAAUUAUUUAAGCUCCUUACGCCAGCCAAGUACGGCAGGACUUUCUGCUUUGUCUCCAAGUAUUCAGAGGAUUCCAUCCCUGGAGCUAUUAAAAAGGCGAGAGCUGAAAAUGAAUGGAUUGACGUCGCCAGAUUCCACUCACAAAACCAAAACUGGACUAUUAAAGAGCUUGACCAGCAUAGUGCAGCAUUUGCUUAUGGUCUUGUUGAGAGAGGAUAUACUCCAGGAGACAAACUCCUCUUAUGGGUAGAUGAGGAAAAUGCAGCUGAAGUAGCAGUUGCUCAUCUUGGAGCUAUCAAAGCAGGAGUUUCUAUUGUUGCAGUUGGACAGAAUGAUGAUGCCCAUCAUAUUGGAGAUACAAUCUUCCAAUCAGAAGCUAAUGGAAUCCUCUUCUCUCCUCAUACAAGUAUUAAUGGGAAAACUCAGAGGGCGAAUUUGUUAUUAGAUUUAAUGCCUGAACUUAUUGAUCAUACUCCAGGGCAGGAAUUGAAAGUUGACAAUUUCCCAGAACUUAGGAAUGUGAUCCAUACUGGUCACUCUUCAAUUAGAGGAACUACAAAAUUUAAGGAAACUCUUUUAUAUACAAAGCCUAACUUGACAACCCUAAAAAUUCAAGGUACUACUGGAGAUGCCACUGCUGUUGAAUACUAUAAAGAGGGAGAAUAUGUUACCGGAAUCACCAAUACAGAAUUUUUGGGAAAGGCUCAAGAAGUUUGGAAUAGUUAUUUAAGCCAAGGAAAUAAGAGGUUGCCUAUAUUCCUUACGUUAUCUCUUCAGACACCUUUAGGAUUUACCACUUUUAUUGCUAGCAUAACCAACGGACGGAAAGUAUUUAUCCCAUCUUCUUACAAUGUUGCUAAAAUAGCCAAGUCCUUUGGCUACCAAAGAAGUGAUCUCCUCAUUUGUGAUGAAGCUCUCUACAGUUUCAAAGCACCAGGGCAUGUAGCAGAAGAAGUUGAAGAGAGCAAAGGAUACUUUGAAAAAAUUCUUGUACCUUCUGACAGCACUGGGGUAGGCUUUGAAGUUUAUAAUGAAUUCUAAUAA